UGUGUCUAGUGUGAUAUAUGCAUUUCCGGUAAAAAAAGAAGUAAGAAUGUCAAGCUUGAAACAGACUCCGCUCACGUGCAGCGGACACACACGACCUGUUGUCUUUUUAUCGUUCAGUGACGUAACCCCUUUUGGAUAUUUCCUAAUUAGCGCGUGUAAAGAUGGAAAGCCAAUGUUACGACAAGGUGAUACAGGAGACUGGAUUGGGACGUUUGAAGGUCACAAGGGCGCAGUUUGGGGGGCAGCUCUGAACAGAGACGCAACCAAGGCUGCCACUGGGGCUGCAGAUUUCACAGCUAAAGUGUGGUGCGCUGUGAAUGGAGAAGAGUUGAAGACAUUUCAGCACAAGCACAUCGUGAAAUGUGUGGACUUCUCCCAUGAUGGGGACUACCUGCUCACCGGAAGCCAGGAGAAGAUUCUUAGAAUAUUUGACUUGGAGAAAACGGAUGCAGAACCAAGAAUGUUUUCUGGUCAUACCGCGUUCAUUAAGAAUGCCCUGUUCACCCACGAUGGCAGGCAGAUUGUGAGUGCAGCAGAUGACAAGACUGUGCGAAUCUGGGAUGUUAAUUCCUGUUCGGAAGUGAGAAAGCUGGAGUUCCCAUCAGUGCCCACUAGUCUGGACCUGUCGCAGGAUGGCAAGAUCAUAAUUGUCACCCACGGCAACACUACUGCCUUCUGGGAUGCAGAGAAGUUUGAGAAGAUAAAGGAAUAUGAAUCUCCGUCACCUAUCAACACUGCCUGUCUCCACCCUGAUAAGUCUAUCUUCAUUACUGGAGGAGAGAACUUCAUCAUGUACAAGUUCAACUACGAGACCGGUGAAGAACUGGAGGCAUUUAAAGGACAUUUCGGACCAAUCCACUGUGUGCGAUUCUCGCCAGACGGGGAAGUGUACGCAAGCGGUAGUGAGGACGGAACGCUGCGACUGUGGCAAACAACUGUGGGGAAGACCUAUGGACUCUGGAAGUGUGUGCUACCAGACGAGAUCCUCAACAAUAACGCCGAUUCAACACCGCUAAAGCCUGAAGCUUGAUGCAUUUUUUGUUAUUUUUGUUUGGAAGAGGAAACACAGCAUCUGAUUAUGAAUCAGAUUUGAAAAUAUUGAAUUGCAGUUG